CAUAAAUCGUCCCUGUCUACGUCACUGGCUUUUACAGCUAUAAGGGGUUGGUUUGCGCUAACUUUGCUGUAGGGUUGCAAUGCACUUGCACUUGCGUUAAAGAAUAAAAAAGAGCAUAAAACGAAAAGUUUUGUCGUCGUUAGCUUGUGCAAGUGUCAUUGGUAAAAUCAGUGACGUAAUACGCAAAAUAUUUGCAUACAAAACGAAAGCAAAUACAAUACAUAUCGGAUAGCUCAAGCUGCUCAGUGUGUAAAUGGUUUGCAUAAUAUGCGCACAAGCUACAUCAACUAAAUAAAAGCAAUAAAACAUAGUCAAGAAAAUGGACGGGAACAAAGGUGAUGCAGACAAUUGCGAGCCGGAUGUGGAUGGCUCGCAAUUUAUGCUUCACGACUUACAGCUGGCAGCCGAGCUUGGCAAAACGCUGCUAGAGAGGAAUAGAGAACUGGAAGUAAUGCUGAAGGAGCACAAAACUCGCAAUGAAGAACAACAGCGAGAAAUCGUGCACUUGCGAAAGCAAAUCAACGCAAUGGCCGAAGUCAAUGAUACACGCUUAAAGGUGUACGAACAGCUAGAGGUGGGCAUUCAAGACUUGGAGCGCAGUAAUCAUCGCUUGACCUUAGAAAAAUCACGCGAUAAAAAGCAAAUUAAGUCACUGGGAGCCAACAUUGAAUCUCUGGAAGCACGCUGCGAAGAACUGAACCAGCAGUUGGAGGAGACCCGGCAACGAUUAACCACUGAGCGGCGCAAAAACGAAAGGCAAUUGCCCCAGGAUCGAUCUACUUCACAGACAAGUUCUGAACGGCCGUGCUUGCCCAAAUUAUGGAUUGCCCAUGAUCGUGAAGUUGUCGACCCGAAUGUGACACCAAUAGACAACGGCCCAUUUGCUGCAAAUGCCAACUCGACGGGUGUCACCGAAAUCUCGCAAGCUAGUGGAUCGAUGGCUUUCAGCGAUAUUGGUAGUUCAGAGGAGAUUAUAGAGGCAGCCGCCGCUGCUGCUGCCAGCAAGGGUGAAGACAAUGAGGAACUGUUAAGUCUGAUAACGGAUAUGGAAUCAAUAAGACGUGAUUUUAUGGCGGAAAAGCAACGUUGUUGCGAGCUAGAGGAGCAAUUGGUUGCCAUCAUCCAAGAGAACCAAACACUUCAGAGCCGCAUCGCUAUCACCAGCACAAACGAAGAGAUGAUGUCCAUGCAGGAUGAGUUCUCUUUGUUAGAUGACGUUAGGCAGGGACAAAUGUGCAGCCGAUGUUUGCGCGUCAUGGAGGAGCAGGCAUCAAACAACGACGGCCAGUCAUCAGUAGCGCAGACCGAAGACGGACCCGAAGAGGACGAACGCAGCCUGAUGGGCAGUGAGUUUAGCUUACAAUUAGCUGGUAAUAGUGCUGACAUUUCAGCAAAGCUCAAUGAAAACGAAAUGCUCGAGUUGAAGAAUGCUGGAAGUCCGAAUCCAUAUCGCGACUUGGUCGAGAAAUACGAAGCUUUGUUGGAGGUGCAACGAACAUCGAAUGCGCGUAAUGGCAAUUCAACCAAUGGCGUUCAGGUCUCAAAGGAAGGUUCCAAUGUUGUCGAAUCCAAUCUGGAGCAACCACAGAAGCUCAACGUGGUCGUCAGACAGGAAACAUCUACUGCGACAGAAAAUAAUGCAAAGUCUGUGCGGGGUCGAACAUCAACAGAGUUCUCCGAGGCAGAGACCUCAUCAUCUGGCUUUUCAGACGAGACUAGCAACAAGUAUACUCAAACGGAUGAACGACCAGGAUACUUUUUGUGCUCAAUAAGCAACGGCGAGGAAUGUAAGCUAAGCAUAUAUGACGACGUUACCCCCAUCGACACACACUUCCAGAGUCGCCCCGAGUACCGAGAGUUGUUUAAGGAAAUUUUUGGAGUGUUGAAAAAAGCCGCCGAUAACAAGGACGAUGGGGAGAAACUAAAAUUCACGGAAGAAGAUGGUGCCCAAUCAAACAGUGCAACAGGGCCAACAGGCGAUAUGGCAGCUAAGGAAGAGUUCUCGGUUGAUUUUGGCGAUGAUACACAAAGUAUUAUAUCAUCAGUGUUUUCGGAUCACUCAUUUGCCAUGUCCGAGUGUGUCACUAAGCUGGAACGCAAAACGGCCAAGAAGCAUAUACAUGAAUGCAAAACUCAAGAGAACAGAAGCUCCACGUCCAUCGCACAGCUGAGCGGCCCAAGCAAAAUGGAUGGCGUCAAAACCAUUGAAGAGAAUGGUCGCGUGUUGACUCCACUUAAGCGCGAGCCACUCGAGUAUUUGGCAGUUGGUGUUGGUAUUAAGAAGAGAAAUCGUCGCAAGAAUCGAAGUCUACAUAACAAUGGUGGCCGAGUCGAGUCACCGCUUGCACAACCCUCGCCUUUGGCACAGCCAUGUCCGACACACAGUGCUCGGCGUACCCGCAAAGACUUUGUGCCAAUCCCUCCAGAAAUGUUUGUGACAGAACGUGUUGGCCGCCGGGGGCAACCAGAUCGCUCCAGCACCGAAUGGAAUGGAUCUCCAAUGAUAAUCUAUAACCGGAAUAUGAGCGCCUCUCGCAACAAGCGUACAGGUCGUGUGAUCGAAGUGAACGGCGUUGAGUUCCAUCCAAAUACUGUAUCCCAGGAGUUCCAUAAGCUCAAACGGCUCGAUCUCUCAUACGCGGAGGUAUUGCGCCGUGCCGAUGCAUGCGAGCACCAAAGUCAACCGCUGCGCGUACAGCGGAUGCAACAGUCACGUUGGAACAACAAAAGUCAAAAUAUUCGCCGCUAAACCUAGACGUAGCAACUAUCUAUGCAUAUGUAGUGAUCCGUAUUUGUAUUAACAUUUAACUAUUAAUAUGGAUUUAACUUUUGCGAACUAGCUCCGAUCUUGUCGGAGUGCCUAGUAGUUAUAUAUGCAUUGCCUGCGAUAGUUUCUGGUAUAUAGCAAUUUACAAGUUUUAUUAUGUUAUUUUGUCCUUAACUAUAAAGUGUUCAGUUUUGUAAAAUCCUUAUUUACUUUCUUUAAGUUGUUUUUAAUGUGUAAAUUGCCCAAGAUUGUUUCUGUCUCGACUACUUAUUCGACAUCUUUAGCAUUUUUCUAGCAUUUUUACUCGAUUGUAUAAUCCAGCCAUAUUUUCGACA